CGCGACUAACAUCAGUGGGGUCCUUCACUUCACCACCAUACGUCCUGCUUCUAGCUUUCCGAACCUCAAGUAGGACCGCUUUGCGCAAUUCCAAAGCAGGCCGCAGUACCAUGCCACCCAAACGCAAAACCCCAGCAGCCUCGGCUGCAGCCCCCAAGGAAAGGCAAUCCAAACUCGCCAAAGAGCACAACAUCACAGCGCGCGAAGAGCGCGAAAUCAAAGAAGCUUUCGCGUUGUUCUCCGAGCCCAUGGACGGCGAGAAGGAGGGCGUGAUGCCGAUUGGGGAUGUGCGAAGAGCCAUGGUCGCCCUUAACCUUCCCCCUUCUAGACCUGAACUCGCCGAAUUCCUCUCCAUCCUCGAUCCCGACGACGAAGGGCACGCCUCGUACGAACCGUUCCUGGCCAUCUGCGCGUUGAAGCUACACCAGCGCGCCGAUGAUGAGUCAGCCGAGAUGCACGAGGCUGAGGUGGAAGAGGCGUUUCGGCUGUUCGCUGGCGUGGGGUCAGGUGGACAAGGAGGAGAGACGGAGACGCUCACUCUGGCUCACCUGAAGAGGGUCGCUAUGACGCUCAAGCAAGACGUGGACGAGGGCUUGCUGAAGGAUAUGAUACUGGAGGCGAACGGGGGUGCGGGUGUGGGGCGGGGGGUAAGGAGGGAUGAGUUUGAGGCAGUUAUGAGGAGGGCUGGGGUGUGGAAGUGAAAUGUUUUGCGCUUGGUAUUGGACUGAUGGGACAUCCGAGUUCCUGAGGUGCUGGAGCAUGUGCGCACAUCCCACACGAAUCGCAGAGGUUGUCAGUCAUGGGAUUGCAGAGGCCUGGUCAGGUCACAUGGUAGGAGUUAUAGGAGUUAUGCCGAGGACCAACAGCAUGGCAACGGAAGCCCAAAUUUGGCAAUAGAAUAUUUGGUUUUCAUUUGGU